CUCUCUCUCUCUCUCUCUCUCUCUGUUAGCAACGCGCACAAUGCCAGGAAAAGGAGCUCGCGUGGACUGAUGACACUCAGCCACAGUGCUGAGGCGCGCUUGCCUCUCUUCUGCACCAUAUUCCCCCUCUUGUGGAGUUUAAAACAUCCGCUCAUUAGCAGAACAGAGGGAUGGGAAAAUAUUUUCCUACAAUACAUAUUUAAAUGAAGAAAUACAAUGACUAGAGUUUCAGAAUUAACGCGCAGCGUUUAGAGGAAUCCGGGGGAUUUUUCUCUGAAGCGCGCGCAGGAUCUGGGGAAAAAGCGCAAGGUACGAGAGGAACAUUUUUGGAAGUUUGUGCUAAAGGGAUUUAGAUUUUUCACGAUGCUGAGUAACUCCGCGGCUGUGUGGCUCAGCGUGCUGGCUCUGGUGGGGCUCACAACUGGGCAGAAUGACACAGAGCCCAUUGUGUUGGAGGGGAAAUGCCUGGUGGUGUGCGACUCGAACCCGGCUUCCGACGCCAGAGGCUCCUCGUCUCCGCUCGGCAUCUCAGUGCGCGCGGCCAACUCCAAGGUGGCCUUUUCAGCCGUGAGGAGCAACAACCACGAGCCCUCAGAGAUGAGCAACAAAACGCGGAUCAUCUACUUCGACCAAGUUCUUGUCAACAUAGGAAACUAUUUCACAUUGGACUCUGUAUUUCUGUCUCCACGCAAAGGCAUCUACAGCUUCAACUUCCAUGUUAUUAAAGUAUAUCAGAGCCAAACCAUACAGGUCAACUUGAUGUUAAAUGGAAAGCCGGUCAUCUCUGCCUUUGCAGGUGACAAAGACGUGACGCGAGAGGCUGCUACCAAUGGUGUUCUCCUCUACCUGGACAAGGAGGACAAGGUUUACCUGAAACUAGAGAAGGGAAAUCUAGUAGGUGGAUGGCAGUAUUCCACUUUCUCUGGAUUCCUCGUAUUUCCUCUGUGAAAAAGAGGGCAUGACUGCCAGCUUUUUUCGUGUCGCCAACAACGUAUCACCGUCGUUUAUCUGAUCUGUCAGCAUUAACAGGAAACGCCUGGACCGGAGGCGAUCCUCCUAACGUUCAUUCAUUCACUGUUUGCGCAAAGUGUGAAAAGGACUGUUGGAGACAUCUGGUUGUGGCAUGUGUGUUCCUGUAUUCACAAUGCAAAGACACAUCUAGGGACCUGCUGAGAAUCUUUGUUGCCUUCAUACUGUAUAUUUAACUAAUUCAACUGAAGUAUUUAGUCUCUUUCAAAGCUGUGGAUUUUUCUUACCAUGCGUCAAAUAUUAGUCCCUUUUCUGAUGUCUGUAGGGUAAGUUUGUGUCAUUCGUAUCUGAUCAUACAUUAAGUGUUUGAUAUGAUAGCACUUCUUUUCUUUGGACAAUUCGAGGGGCACAAAAAUGACCUUUUAGUGCUUACACAUCAUAGGAGCUCUAGAAUAAAUUAUUAAUAAUGUAUGCCUACACUCAACCUCAGCCCAAUAAACAUGGGGUCACUGAAGUGGAAUUAUUGAAGAUUUCUUUUCCUGAAAAAAACAUUUUAGUCCUAAUCUUAUAAAUAUUAUUCAGGAACAAAGGAAUAUAUACAGUAUAAAUGUAUUUAUUAUUUUUUAUUCUUUUAAAUUUUUCAUUCAAACUUCUAUAUUUAGAAACAUUUUGAUUUAAACUCCAAUAUUUCAAAAAGUUCAAUUUAAAUUUCAUUUAUUUUUAUAUAUUUCUUGAAACACAAUUUUGGUUCCUGAUAAAGGAAAAAAAAAAAAGAAGGGAGAAGUAGAAAUGCCAACGUUUAUGUGCUUGGAUCAAUUCCUCUAAUGAACAUGAACAAAUUGUUAAAAUAAAGAGGGGAAAAACUUUAUAUUAACCUACAGAAAUAUUAAACUGAAAGUAAAGAAGAUGCAAAAAAAAAAAAUCUUUUUUAGAAAAUUUUAGAAAAACAUUUUUGGAUUUGAAUUUUUGCCCUGAAACCAGCCAGUGGAAUCUCCAAGUAUAUAAAGGUCUUGUAUACCCAAUGCCCUAAAAUGGUUUCCAUGGCUAAUCAUUGAGAUGAAUAUAUUAUUAAGUAUUUUAUUUUAGUUAGCCUUAAAGACAAAGAGACAUUCAUUGCUAAAUAAUGAACAGACCAUAUUCCACAGCUGCCAAGAUUUUGUGUAAAAAAAAAAGUUUAGAAAAAAAAAAUCAAAAUUAAAUUGCAACACUUUUUGCUUAUAUAAGCUAACAAAAAGAACAACGGUAAAAAGUAAAUGUACGUGAAGACAGUGUAUCUACAAUCGACGUAACCUUAUUUUCUGUCGUGAGAUAUGUCGCAAAGAUCAGGAAAGGUUACGGAGUUGAUGAUAAAAAUGUGCAGAUAUUAUAAAUCUGAAAUGCGUGCGCACUGCGGUGAACUUCAACACUGGAAAAAAAAAAGCAAAAAAUGUAUCUCCCUUUUCUUAUGCCUGAAAUGUUUGUGCAGAUGUAGUUGCGCUGAAAAUUUUGCUUAGCUGUGGCAGCCUCGGGGAUCAGUUUGGUACUCGACUCUUCGGGAGCAGGCUUGGAGAGCUCGUCUCAGAUAGAAACUCACUGCCAGCGUCCCGUGUAUUUGCAGUGCUUCUGCUGUAUAUCAGAAUUUGCACAAUUUUCUUUCCACGUUGUAUUUCGUGUUUGUUGUUCUGCAUUGUAUACAAUACCUGAUGGUUUAUGGCUACGAAAAAGCGCUACACCUUUCAGUGAACAUGACAAACCGUGACAAUAUGGCACUUUGAGAAUGACAAAUCAACUGAACUACAGAAAACUAGUCACACUUGGCCUGUUUUAAUUUGUAAGCUGUUAUUGUAGGAUGAUAGUAUGAUAGUAAUACAAUAAAAGAGUUCAAUUUUAAGUCAGUACUAUGGUCUUGAAAUCAGUGGUGCCAUUUUUGGUGAAAUGGGAAGAUGUUUUAGAAGAUACAGGUUAUGGAUUUUAUCUGAGCCGAAUAUUCGCGGUCAGAGAAAAUAUAAGGAAACAGAAAUUCCACCACUUUUCCUAAAAUACUGUUUACUCAUCAAACAAUUUGAUGUCAGACAGAUGUAGACUGCAGGAAGAACUUCUCAAACAUCUUACUGUAUGUCUGCCUACUGGCUUCCUUUGAGGUGCACUGGCAUCUGAAUUAUAGUAAAUUAUAGUAAACUUUGGCUCUUUAAUGAAACAGAAAUGCUUUGCAAUCAAAGACAAGAAAAUCUGCAAUGUACUGUACUGUACAUGUGCAUCGUUGGGUUUUUUUUUAGUCCACUGCAAAGACUAUUCAAAGACUAUUAGAAAUAAGGCUUUUAGACUUUAGAAGUGCUUUCAGAUUAAAAAUUGCAAAAGGUUUUUUUUUUCCCCAGACAAGGGAAAAUUUUAUGUAUAGACAUUUGAUCAUUAGAGAAAAAAGUGCACAUUUUGCUAUUCAAAAGCCAACUCUCCAGGCUCCAUUUAAAUCCAAUAAAUCCAAUUGCACCAUAGAGGUCAUCUUACUAACGUCAUAGAAAUGAUAGUGAUCGCUGUCACACCGGACCGGAGUUCAGAGCUCACUCUGACAUGGCUUUAUUAGCAAUAGUAAACAGAUCAUGCUUAUGCAAAUGUUGCUUUAUUAUAAUAUGUGAAGGUUUCCCUGCCUUUGGCUGCCUGCGGUACUGUCAUUUGCAGUAUCUCUAAUCGGUCCCCGAAACGUCUUUCUUAAUUUUGCAUCUGUGCAAUUAUAUAAAUGCAGAAGGUA